AUGUCAUCCUCACUUCAAAUAUUCAUCUCAUCUUUGCUCCUAUUGGUCUCCAUUUCCCGCGCUCAGCCCUCAUUUAGACCAGCUGCUCUGGUCCUCCCAGUGCGAAAAGACGCCGCUACCCUUCAGUACCUCACCACAAUCCACCAACGCACGCCGCUCGUCCCCGUAAACCUCGCCGUCCACCUCGGAGGCGGUUUCCUCUGGGCUGACUGCGACACUAACUACGUCUCCUCCUCGUAUCGACCCGUUCGCUGCAGAUCGGCCCAAUGCUCCCUCGCUCGGUACACCUCGUGUGGCGACUGUUUUAACGGGCCACGGCCCGGAUGCAAUAACGACACAUGUGGCGUAACCCCCGACAACCCCUUCACCCGAACCGCUACCGGUGGUGAGCUUGCCGAGGAUGUCGUCUCCCUCCCCUCCACCGACGGGUCGACCCUCGGCCCAAACGCCACCGCACCCCGCCUCUUAUUCUCGUGCGCCCCGACAUUCCUCCUCGCGGGCCUUGCCCGCGGCGCGACGGGCCUAGCGGGCCUGGGCCGGGCCCGGAUCGGGCUCCCGUCCCAACUCGCCGCCGUGUUUAGCUUUCGCCGCACGUUCGCCGUCUGCCUCUCCGGAUCGAGCCGCGCGCGCGGAGCGGUUUUCUUUGGGCCCGGCCCGUAUCGGUUCCUCCCGGGAAUCGAUGCAUCCGCCGCGCUACGCUACACGCCAUUGUACCUUAACCCGGUGAGCACCGCCUCGGCCUACGUGCAAGGGGAGCCCUCGACCGAGUAUUUCAUCCGCGUGGAUGCGAUUCGGGUAAACGGGUCGCCAAUCCCGAUCAACCGAACCCUACUCACGAUUGACGGUGAAGGCAACGGGGGGACCAAGAUUAGCACGGUCGACCCAUACACGGUGCUCGAGAGCUCGAUCUACCGGGCCUUGACCGCGGCCUACGUGCAGGCGGCCGCGGCCCGGAACAUAACCCGGGUGGCGGGGGUGGGGCGGUUCGGGUUUUGCUUCGGGAGUGAGAAUGUGGGUAGCACGAGGGUGGGGCCUGCGGUGCCUUACAUAGAGCUGGCGCUGGCGGGGAGUGACGGGCCGGUUUGGACGAUAACGGGUUCGAACUCGAUGGUUCAGGUGAGCGAGCGGGUGAUGUGUCUUGGGUUUGUGGACGGCGGGUCGGGGCCGAGGACGGCGGUGGUUAUCGGCGGGUAUCAGUUGGAGGAUAAUUUGGUGGAGUUUGAUUUGGCGAGGUCGAGGAUGGGGUUCAGCUCUACGCUGCUAGGAAGGCGGACCACGUGCGCAAAUUUCAAUUUCACGACCAGUGUGUAG